AUGCCUUCCAAAAAGGCCACGACAGCCGCUGCAGCUGCCGCCCCUGCCUCGGCCUCGGGCACGUCGGCGAAUCAGCAGGAGGGGUCCCGCUACCACCUCCGUCAGCGAUCCACCGCGCCCCGGGAUUCCCAGAUCGACUUUGACGACGACGACGACGAGGACAAGGCCGACACCGCCGAGACCGAGGCCAUGCUGUCGUCGCGCGCGGGCAGGACGUCGCGCGCCACCAAGGCCGACGACGUCGCGGGCGGCGCAGAGCUGCUCGAGAUGGGCAACGGCAAGGCCAAGGCGCCGCUCGACGCUGACGCCGAUGCCGAAGCCAAGGAGGCCGGCGGCUUCAUGGACCUCAACCCGGCCGACCGGCGCGCCAUGAUCCUGCUCGUCGUCCUCUACCUGCUGCAGGGCGUCCCCGUCGGCCUGGCGUUUGGCACGAUGCCCUUCCUGCUCAAGUCGCGCCUCUCGUACUCGGACAUCGGCUUCUUUAUGCUGUGCACCUACCCCUACUCGCUCAAGCUCUUCUGGAGCCCGAUUGUCGACUCGAUGUACGUCUCGGAGCUGCGGCUGCCGCUGCUGGGCACCGUGUCGCUAGGGCGGCGCAAGAGCUGGAUCGUGCCCAUCCAGGCCGUCGUGGGCGUGAUGUUCUGGUUCCUCGCCGACAACAUCGAGCCGCUCAUGGCCGCCGAGAUCCCCAACGUGCGCCUCAUCACGGCCAUCUUUUUCGUCAUGGUCCUCUUCGCCGCCACCCAAGACAUCGCCGUCGACGGUUGGGCGCUGACGCUCCUGUCGCAGGAGAACCUGAGCUACGCCAGCACCGCCCAGACCGUCGGCCUCAACACGGGCUACUUUCUCAGCUUCACCGUCUUCCUGGCCUUCAACAGCGUCGAGUUUGGCAACAAGUACUUUCGCUCGGCGCCCCUCGACGUGCCCAUGCUGACGCUCGCCGGCUACCUGCGCUUCUGGGCGUUUGGCUUCGUCGCCGUCACCCUGUGGCUGCUCCUCUUCAAGCGCGAGGACGACGAGGGCCACGGCGGCGACGGCGAUGCCGCCGACGACGACAACCCCGAGAUGGACGUGCGCAAGGUGUACUCGAUCAUGUACCGCAUCGUGCGGCUGCGCCACGUGCAGCUCUUUAUGGUCAUCCACCUGGUGGCCAAGAUUGGCUUCCAGGCCAACGAGGCCGUCACGGGCCUCAAGCUCGUCGAAAAGGGCUUUGGCAAGGAGGACCUGGCGCUGGCGGUGCUCAUCGACUUUCCCUUCCAGCUCGUCUUUGGCUACCUGGCGGCGCGCUGGAGCAAGGGCGACAACGCGCUGCGCCCUUGGAUCGUCGCCUUCUUUUUCCGCCUGGGCUUCGCCGUCGUCAGCAUGGGCAUCGUCUACGGCAUGCCGGCGCCGCCCAUCGGCCACGGCUACUUUUUCCUCGUCAUCGCGUCGACGGUGCUGAGCAGCUUCUCGUCGACGGUCCAGUUUGUCGGCAUCUCUGCGUUCCACACCCAGAUUGCCGACCCGCUGAUCGGGGGCACGUACAUGACGCUGCUCAACACGGUGUCGAACCUGGGUGGGACGUGGCCGCGCUACUUUGUGCUCAAGGCCGUCGACCUCUUCACCGUGUCUUCGUGCUCGGCGCCGUCGUCGGUGUCGAUGCUCAAGGAGCCGGCGCUGGCCGACAUGUGGUCCGGCGGCGGGCGGGCCGUCGUGGGGCGCGAGUGCACCUCGGACCUGGGCAAGGCGGCGUGCUCGGCCGCCGGCGGGCUGUGCACCAUCGAGCGCGACGGCUACUACUGGACCAGCACGCUGUGCGUCGUCGUGGGCACCGCCAUCCUGGUGGCCUUUAUCAUGCCCGCCGCCAAGCGCCUCCAGAGCCUGCCGCCCUCGGCGUGGAGGGUCAACCUGCACGGCAGCGCAAAGGCGCACUGA